CUUAUUAUGUCUUGUAGUAUCAUGCAGAAAAAAAAUUAGUUGUAUCUAAUUUCUUUGUGAGAGUGAGACUAUGUGAAACAUCAUAUCUUGAAAACUUUAAACUUCACUUAUUUUAGGUGCUUAGAAGAAUGGUAAAAUGGCAGAUCCAACAAUACAAACAUUCUGCUGUCGGCGUACAAAUGAAACCUCAAUUAUGGGUGACCAAAUAUUGGAUUCAUUUAAUACAGACGCAUAUAAUAUAGUUUGUAUUGUAUCAUCGACAAUUGGAGUUUGUGGAGCUCUUUAUCAAAUUUUACCCAGAGAAGAGAGACGAUUUUCUCAUAGAUGGUUAUCGUCUACAACUAAUCGUGGUAGGCAAAUCAUCGUGUAUUUAGCAAUAGCGGAUUUAUUAGCAUCAUUAGGAGUAUUAAUAAGAUCCAGUCUUUGGUUAGAAUUUAGAUCUAGACUUAUGCCGGGAGAUGAUGACACAACAAAUGUUGUAUUUUGUGCUAUAUUUUCGGCCUGGACGCAAUACUUUUAUAUGGCGACAUGGAUAUGGACAUUAUGCUAUGCAAUUGAUAUGAGAUUAAUUUUAAAAGAAAAAGAAGGAUAUCCUCAAUAUUAUCAUUUAGCAGCUUGGACAAUUCCUGCUGUAUUGACUUUCUUGGGCCUUUCAUUAUUAUAUUUUCCAGAUGCUAAAUGCCACAGUUAUCAAAGUCUUAAACUAGCCUUAAUAAAAGUAUUGCCAAAUUAUUUGGCUACUUAUAUACCAAUAACUGCCAUUAUGAUCACAAAUCCUAUUUUAUAUAAAUACAGCUCUCAAGAUAUGGAAAAUGUGGUGCAUCGAUCAUUAGGACAAAUAACUAGCAAAGAAAGAGAUGUUAUUGACGCAAUAAAAAUGAAAUUCUUUUUAAUAAAUGCUGCAUUCUACGUUUGUUGGGCUCCAAACUUAAUUAGUGGUUUUCUAUUAUGGACAUUAUGGUGGCAUUUACCUGUGGGAUUUUUAAUUGGUAUUUGGUACAUAAUGGCUGUAACAAAUCCAUUACAAGCAUUAUUUAAUUCGUUUGUUUACCGUCGUUGGAGUACAGGAACGGAACGUGUUUAUAUACCAUGGAGAAAAAUACAAGAAGAUAGUCUUAGGAAAUUUUCAUUAAGUCAAAAUGGAUCCAAAGUUUCUAGUGCGCGAGAAGAAUUACCAUUAUUACAAAGUUACCCAAAAAAUAGUAUUAAUGUUUAUUCGUCAGUACAAAAUUAAUUAAAUUAAUUAGUACAUACAUUUGACCUGUAUCAGGUUUUCUAAUUAAAUUUAAUAAAAAAUAUAAUAAUAAGAAACAAAUUAGGAUAACAGGUUUACAUUCACAAGUGUUGACUACAAAAAAUACUUAUGUCACUAAUUUUCUUACAGAAUACAGAGUAAUUUUACAUUUCAUGAGUUAUAUAACAUAUAACAUAAGUAGUAUUAUUUCGUUUUGAUGAACCAAAAAACAAAAAUAUGUGUGAUAUUUUAUGUAAACAGUAUUUGCUGUUACCGAUGAUUUUAAGAAUACCAUGGUAGAAUUCUACCAAGAAGAAUACAUUCGAGUUCGUACCCUUUACAUAAUUACAAAGAAAAAUGAACAACAAGAUAUUGUAAUCGCGAAAAAAGAUUUUAACAGAAAUAUUCAUUUUGAGGAUCAAUGAAUUCAUUUUGACAUUUUGAUAAAAUCAGACUUAAGUUAAAAAAUUUAAUUUCUUUUAUAACUUUUACCGUUUAUAAUAAGAUUAUUCUAAUCUCGUGCCUUUUAAAUGAACUCUCUUCCUGGAAUUUCACAACAAUUGCUUAACUAAGUAAGUACUUUGCUUCUUUGCACGCCUAUUUUAGGCUCUCUUAAGGCGUAUAUUUUGUCAGAUAUAAGCUCCAGAACGUGUGUAUUACAUUUUUUAAUUUUAACUCCAAAUUUGUAAUCGAACAACUAGUUUUCGGAAUUAACUAUUACUGUACCACCUUAGUCCGGAAUUGUUUUCAGAUUUGUGCCGAUUUUUCUAAGUGCCCAUCUCUAUGCGUAUAAUCCAAUUUUGUGUAUCUCUCUUGAUGAAGUUUAAACAUCAAUAUUUACCCAUGAGGGCACAAAUUAAGUUAAAAACAUUUUACAGUCGUGUUAUAUUAUAUAUACGACUGUGGCUUUCUAAGAGUGGCUAUCUUUCUUUACUUACAUGACAUAAAAAAACAAACGAUUGCGUAAUCAACACUGACUAUACAUGGUAAUUCAACAAUUAACUCAAUCAAUUGUUUGUUUUCACUUGUAUAUAUAUCUCGAUAUAUCGACAUUCGAAAUUAAAAAAUUUUUGUAUCGCCCACGUUAACAAUUUAAUGUUGGACACAACUCCAUUUUUUUCUGCUAGUU